AAAAAAUGGAAUCUUUUGUUUGGAAAGUUCUGCCUUGAAUCCACGUUUGUUUUAUCAUCUCUUUUCCGGUGGAAAAAAGAAAAAUGAACGAUCUAUAUUUUACAGGGAUCUUCACCAAAAUUCGGAUAAAUGCUGUCUGGAAGCACGAGAGUCUGUCGAAGUGGACAAGUUACUAAAUUUAUGUGAGAAUGGAUGCUGUUGUUCUAACAACAAAGAUUCCUUCCACUUCCACUUGCUUCAACUCCCACUUCCCCAUCCAUUUCUGAACGAUUUCUUUUCCCAAAACCCUCAAAUCCAAGAGGUUGUUUGUAUUUUCCUCUUUUUCUUGCCACUAUCUAUCUUUCUUCUCUAUCUCUUGGUCUUUGUUGCUUUGAUCUUGAGAGAAAGAUAAUGGGGUUUUGUUUUAGGGAUUGAUAUUCUGUUUUUCCCUCAUUUUGAAUGCCAGAGAGGGGGUUCUCCUGUUUUGUUUGCUGAUAUUGCAGGUAAUUUCAUUAUUCAAUUGACCCAAUAACGAGUUUGUUGUUCUUGUGAUGGGAAAUUCUUGACUGGGUUUCUUAUUGUUGAAACCGAUGUUUUUUAGGAUUGACAAUGACUUUCCAGCUUUUAAGCAGUCAAUCUUGUAUAUCUGCUUAUGUAAAUACUCGUAGAAUUCAGCUACAAUGGAGGUUGAAUCCUGUUCAGGCUUUGCCACCAUCAACUCUAUUGCACACUGAUGAAAGUGAACAUUUUCCAGAAUCUAAAAAGACUUCUGGGUUCAGCUCAGUAUUGAAAACGAAUAAAGAUUCAACUGGUAUUUUGCUAAGUCAAUCAAAUACAGUGGGUAUAUUAGGAGGAUCUUCUGUGAAUUCUACUGUAAACUUCUUGGGAAAAUUAGUUAAAUGGAGUACCAAAGAUGGAGAAUCUCAAUCUGGUCUCCCUUUUGUUCUUUGCUCUGAUCCAACUCUUAGUAACGAGCUCCAAGUGUUUGAUAAAAGUUCUCACCCAGUUCUCAACUACAAGAGUGAGGAUUUAGGAUUGGACUCUGAGUUAGUAGUUGAGAGUUUGAAGAGUAAGAGAACUUUUCUCGAGAAUUCAGGUGCUCGUUGCAUUGUAAUGCCUUGCCACAUCUCUCAUUUGUGGUAUGAAGAUGUUUCAAAAGGGUGUCCUGUUACCUUCCUUCACAUGGCUGAUUGUGUUGCUAGAGAGCUCAAGGAAGCAAAGUUGAAGCCACUCGAAGCUGGGAGUCCCUUACGGAUUGGAGUUCUUGCAACCAAUGCAAUUUUAAGUGCAGGGUAUUAUCAGGAGAAACUGCAGAAUGAAGGAUUUGAGGUGGUACUUCCAGACAAAGCAACUAUGGAACAUACUGUAAUUCCUGCAAUUGAGGCUCUAAACAGAAAAGACAUAGAAGGGGCAAGGAAUUUACUGAGAAUUGCACUUCAAGUUCUUCUGGUGAGGGCUGUCAACUCUGUCAUCCUUGCCUCUGAUGAUAUAAAGGAUAUUUUGCCCUUGGACGAUCCCCUUCUUAGGAGAUGCAUUGACCCAAUGGACGCAUUAGCAAGGUCCACUAUCAAUUGGGCACAAUGUGCUGAAUAAGGAACUCUCUCCGGGCCUUCAGGUUUACCUUGGCAACUGGCUCUUUUAUGUCGGGUUUCUUUUGACAAUAAGGUGAUAUGGUAAUCACAUUUUUCAUUUAGACAUCACGAGUCCAUGGAAAAGAUGGGAACCAAGCUCAUCAAGUGAUGUAAAUAGAUCGGUGGGGAAAAAGUGUUUGAUGAUGAUGCUGAUACUAGUCUUAGUAGAUGCAUGUACUGUUUCUUUCUCCCCCCGCCCUCCAAAAUGACAAAAAAAUAAUAAUAAUUUAAGAUGUGUAGCGAGAUUUUUGUGAAAUGAAUUGCUGUUUGCUCCAUCUUCUCACCCUAUCAAUAGAAUCGACUGUGAUUGACACAUCAUUAUAAACAGUUGGUUGAGAAUUAUUGUACUCAGGAAGUCGAAAGUUUGCAGUUGGGGUUCCCUCAUGAAUUGGAAUGUUUUGUGGUAAUGGUAAGAUCUAGACCUACACAGUUGUGGAUCA